GUGCGUUGUGAGUUUGCGAACACUAUUUUAUCAUAUUUAAUAACACUAACGACCAUAGACGAAAAGCUUAGUUCGAUAGAGAGAGGGGAAAGAGCACAAAAAGACCAAUUUGACCUUGGAUCUUCUUCUUCCUCCUCUCUCUCGCUUUCGCUUUCUGCUAAUUCCCUCUCCGAUUCGUCUUUGUUGCUCUUCUUCAACCAAUCGCCAUGAACGGAAAGGCCAACGUUACCAAAGAGCUUAACGCCAAGCACAAGAAGAUACUGGAAGGACUGCUUAAAUUACCCGAGAAUCGGGAAUGUGCUGACUGCAAAUCUAAAGCUCCGAGAUGGGCCAGUGUAAAUCUUGGCAUCUUUAUAUGCAUGCAAUGUUCAGGAAUACAUAGAAGUUUGGGAGUACAUAUAUCAAAGGUUCGUUCUGCAACUCUUGACACUUGGCUUCCAGAGCAAGUUGCAUUCAUUCAUUCAAUGGGAAACGAUAAAGCCAAUAGUUUCUGGGAAGCAGAAUUACCUCCAAACUACGACAGGGUUGGAAUUGAAAAUUUCAUUCGUGCAAAGUAUGAAGAGAAGAGAUGGGUUCCAAGGGAUGGGAAUUCAAGAACACCUUCUGGACUACGGGAAGAUAAGUCUCCUUCACAAUGGCAGAGGCCUGCAGAAAAAAGUGGACAUGAAUACGCCACUGUUCCUGAAAAUACUUUUGAGGAAAGGAAGAAAAUCCAGCCAUCAAAUGCAGUUCCUGCUACAAGACGUAGGGUUCCUGCUCCUCGCAAAGUACCUGAGCAGGUAACUCCUGCUCCCCAACCUCAAGACACCGAAAAAGUGAAACCAGUACCCCCGCAACAACAAGCUGUAACUUCAAAGCCUUCUAUAGACACAGCUCAAAGUACCCCUCCCAAAGUAGACUAUGCUACGGACCUUUUCAACAUGUUGUCCAUGGAUGAUGCAAAUGCAAAUGGCUCCAAAGCAGCUGGUGCUACUGCUGAUGAUAAUAACUGGGCAGGCUUUCAGUCUGCUGCAGAGGUGUCAACAGCGGAGAAAACUGGUCCACCAAAUGCAGUUGAGAGUACUUCUCAGUCUGCUUCUGGAAUUGAGGAUCUAUUUAAAGAUUCAUUUUCUGUGACACCAAGUUUAGCUCCAGCGAAACCACAGAAAGAUGUGAAAAAUGAUAUAAUGAGCCUCUUUGAGAAGAGCAACAUUGUAUCUCCAUUUGCAAUGCAUCAACAACAGCUUGCCAUGCUAGCACAUCAGCAGUCUCUUCUAAUGGCUGCUGCUUCUAAAUCUACUGGUGUCGAUCUCAAGUAUCCUACUGGCAUACAACAACUGAGUUCCAAUGUUUCUGUCCAAAAUUGGCCACCUACUGGAUUCCCAAUAUCUGGAGUAAUGCCUAUGGAUGCUCAGGGAGAGCUGCAGAAACUUAUGCAGACUAGGAACAUGACUCCAGCACAUCCAGCUGGGAACUCUGUUCAACAUCCACCAUCUGGUUUCUAUGGUAUGGGGCAAGUUGGUCCAGUCAAUGGUAUGAUGACAAUGGGAGUGAGUAAACCUCAGUCAACUCCUGUUCCGUCAACCACUUCCAAGUCUGCCAAGGAAUAUGAUUUUUCCUCCUUAACAAACGGGAUGUUUGCGAAACAAUGAUGGCUGUCAUGUAGCAUAAUAGAAAGAUUAGAUGAAAAUUACAGGAACUGCACUUUCUUUUCAAUUUCUCCCUUGGCCAAUCCGUGGGUUGUAAACCAUUUGUAGAGCUAGUUCAGAUUUUUUACUCGUGUCUCGGGUCAUUUCUUCUUUUAUCAGAAGGUGUAUUCGCUUUUUACAAUAAAAGUGAUAUUAAUCAUAUAUUCCUACAUUUGCUUCUA